AUGCCUCUCAACGCUAGGGACUUGGAGACAUACCGUCGAGAUGAGCACCUGGGCCACAAGCUCCUGACUCCAGAGGAAAGGGCCCGUCUGCUGAAGCCCUAUCUGCCGUCCCCCAGACGCUCGCGGGCCUCUUCACGAGCGCGCGAUGCCGAAGUCAAGGGUCGGCUCGGCGUGCGCCGCUUCCUGCGGCGCCAGUUCCACCUCUUCGUCUACACGCUGAUCCACGCCUUCUUCUCGCUGUACAUGCGGCUGCGGCACGCCUACCAUGCCGUGGCCAACCGCAUGUACUCCAUCGUCUACCACCAUCACCGCACUCCCGAGUUGAUUCGUCGGGAUGUCCAGGGCUUGCGCCGUCUGCCCAGGCACUUGAGCGUCAUUUUGACGCUGGAGGAUGAGCGCCGCAGCGGGGCUGGGCUCGAGAAGUUGAUUAAUGAGGCCGCGGAUGUUGCGGCGUGGUGUGCCAGUGCGGGCAUCCCGCAGUUGAGCAUCUACGAGAAGACGGGCAUCCUGAAGGGCUAUCUUCAGGAGACCCACCACGCCAUCAACAAGCAGCUCCUGGCCUACUUUGGCCCAGUCAACUGCCCCUCCCUAACUGUCGGCGCCCCCCACACGCCUUCCAUCGAAACUCCAUCCCUCUCCCGCGGCCUAGAGCACGACCAAACCCCCUCCGACUCUGACACCGAGGUCAGCGUCGACGCGGGCAUCCGUCCCACGGGCAGCAGCAAGCACCUCUCUGUGCUCCUUAUCUCGGCCGAAGACGGCCGGGACUCGGUUGUCGACCUGACCAAGACGCUGGCCGAGAUGGCGCAGCGCAAGAAGCUUCGCCCCGCCGACAUUACGCUGGAGCUGGUCGACGCCGAGCUGUCGGAGAGCAUCAUGGGCGAGCCGGACCUGCUUGUGCUGUUCGGUCCGCAUAUUGAGCUGGAGGGGUACCCGCCGUGGCAGAUCCGGCUGACGGAGAUUUUCCAUGUGCAGGAUAACCAUGGGGUUGGGUACCAUGUGUUCAUUCGGGCGCUCCAGCGCCGGAUUAGAAGCCAGGCUAACAUCAACAACCGAACUCUAGCCAUGACUACUUCGCAGUCCACCUCUCAUGCUGCGACAACCAAUCCCUCAUCAACAAGUCCCAUCGACGACAUUAUGAGCAGCCUCUUCCGCCCACCCAUAGUGCGCACCGGCACCGCCGCCCUCAACCGCGCGCUCUUCACGAAAAAGAUCCCCCUCGCCGCCGCAGCGGUCCACGACGCUCGGCUGAUUGCUGCCUAUCGCAAGCGUCUUCAUGCCUCGAAGGAGCUGCUGGACUUGGACAGGGUUUCGCCUAUUGCGAAACAUCCGGAUCCCGUCCUCGCUGAUCAGGGGAAGAAGUGCUUCUUGUUAGAGCCGAAUGUGAGGCCGGAGAAGCCAGAGACUUGGGGGCCCGUGGUCAGGGAGGGUGUGCAGAAGGAGGAGCUGGGGGUUGUGAAUUAUGAGUUGGUGUUGGGGUAUGAGUAUUGGAGUUACCGGGAUAUUAUGCUCUCGAUUCUCCCGGAGGAACUGCAUGGGGACAUUCCGGCUGGGUUUAACGUCGCAGGGCAUGUUGCCCACUUGAACCUCCGUGAGGCAUACCUCCCCUACAAGUACCUCGUCGCCGAGGUCCUGCUCGACAAGAACCCGCAAAUUAGAACCGUCAUCAACAAAGUUGACAACGUCGGCCGCGAGUCCGAGUUCCGCACCUUCGCCUACGAGGUGCUUGCCGGCCCGGAUGACCUCAAUGUGUCAGUAGCCGAGCACGGAUGCACAUUCGAGUUUGACUACUCCAAGGUAUAUUGGAACAGCAAGCUUGAGACGGAGCACAGGCGGAUCGUUGGGCUAUUCAAGCCCGGUGAGGUCGUGUGCGAUGUGAUGGCGGGUAUUGGGCCGUUUGCUGUGCCCGCGGGCAAGAAGGGCGUUUUCGUGUGGGCGAAUGAUAAGAAUCCCGAGAGCUACAGGUUCAUGCAGGUGGCUAUUAAAAGGAAUAAGGUCGCCCCCUUCGUCCGCCCCUUCUGCGAAGACGGGCGGACCUUCAUUCGCCGAGCAGCCGCCGACAUCCUCGCCGCCUCUCAGCGUGGCGAGCACGCCGUUGUCCCAAUCAAGACCCCCAAAGACAAACAACAGCCCCCUCAAGAUGACACCUCUGAAUCCAAAUCCCGCUCCCCCUCCCCCAAGCGCAAACCCCGACCCACCACUCAACGCAUCCCACUCCCGCCCACAAUCUCCCACUUCGUGAUGAACCUCCCCGCCAGUGCGAUCUCCUUCCUGUCCGCCUACCGCGGCGUCUACCAUGCUCAUGAAUCAUUGUUCACCUCCCAUGAAGGUCCCCACAAACUCCCGCUCAUCCACGUCCACUGCUUCGCAGUUAAACCCUCCGCCGUCGGCGACGACGAGUCCAUCCCGCGGCAGGACAUUCUCAAUCGCAUUCAAGAAUCACUCAGGUACCCUGUCUACCUGGCCGAGGCAAAUGAGGACGCAAACAAGAAAUGGGCGGAGGAUGUGGAGGUGAUGGAGAAGGUUCUGGAUGGGGAGAAGGCGAGGACGGGGAAAGAAGGGGCCGUGUUGGUGCAUUAUGUGCGGGAUGUAGCGCCCGCGAAGAGCAUGUAUUGUGCUAGCUUUAGGCUACCGGCCGAGGUGGCGUUUGCGGAGCCGGGGGAGUUGAAGGAGGUUAGGGUUGAUGGGCCGGGGGAUGAUGAAGAGGACUAA